AUGAAAAUUUAUUGCAAUGAACUCCUCUCCAGAUCGUUAAUUCUUGUGGGAGAGAUUGGAGGAAAUGAUUACAAUCAUGCAUUGUUGGCAGGGAAAAGUAUAGAACAGAUUCAAACAUAUGUACCCUUGGUGAUAGCAGAAAUCUCUUCAACCAUCAAUGAGUUAAUUGAGCUUGGGGCAAUGACACUUGUGGUACCUGGCAACUUUCCAAUCGGUUGCCUUCCCAUUUAUCUUACAAAAUUUCAGACUUCAGAUAUAAACCAGUAUAACUCUUCAACUGGCUGCCUGAAUUGGUUAAACAAGUUUGCUGAAUAUCACAAUGACCAGCUUCAAAUAGAACUAAGACAGAUUCAAGGGCUUCACCCCAAUGUCCACAUCAUUUAUGCAGAUUAUUACAAUGCUGUGCUUCCCUUUUAUCAUUCUCCAGACGAAUUCGGAUUUAUUGGGGGAACAGUUGAAGCAUGCUGUGGAUGCGGAGGACCAUACAAUUACAACUCAUCGGCAGAAUGUGGCUCCAUAGAGGCAAGUGCUUGUGAAAACCCUGCAGAGUUUAUCAACUGGGAUGGUAUACAUUUUACUGAAGCAGCAUAUAUGUGGAUAGCCAAAGAUUUAUUAACAGGCAAAUUCAGCAUUCCCAGCAUUGGUAGUUAUCCUUGUGUAUUUCAGAGGAGUGAUGACCUGUGA